AUGUUACGCAGGACACGAUCAGAAGAAACAUUAGCCACCCUAGUCAAUCCCACCACCACAAACACCCCUCCUCCUCAUCAUGACAAUCUCAGCCCCACUAGCGACCAAAUAUCCCUCUUCACCACCCAAUCCGAAGAAACCCUAACCAAUAACCCCCAGAUCAAAAUCAUGAAUCAUCCACUCUCACAAUUCACAACCAUUCGAGAAAUCCCCAUCAUUCUGACUUUCUUACAUCCGGGAGUCAGUUUAUACAAGAGUGCUGAAUCUUUUGAAAGGAAUGAAUUGCCGAUCUUGAUUCGAGUACCGACGAAGAAAUUAAGUUUGUUUAGAUUGGGAUUAGGGGUGCCGUUUUUGAAUAUACAUAGAUAUAAUGCAGACAAGCAACGGGUGGAGUUUUGUAGGGCGUGGUUUAAGAUAUAUUCGACGAAUAUUACUUAUUAUAUAUUGGAAUUCCCGGGUUUAAAAGGUGGAGAUGGAAAUGGGAUGAAGGUGUAUUUGAUAAAUAAUAAUAGUCAUAAGCCGACGGUUGAUUUUGAGUAUUUGGAUAGUCAGUUCCGGGUAUUGGGAGUGACGGGGACGACGUCGACGUUUGGGACGAAUGGGUUGAUUAGGAUGUAUGUCAUGAAAUCUAGUGAGAAUUUGUUGACUCAUGAAGUAUCGAUAAAACCAGGUAGUGGGAGUGGGGGGAAUAAUAAUAAUAAGUUGAAUAUUGAUAAUAAAUUAUCUAGGAUCAUAAAUAAACAAGAUCGAUAUGCGAUAAAUGAAAUGAUUGGGAAUGAGACGCCGUUGAUAAGAUUACCAUUGGCGACAUAUGUAGAUAUGGGGAAUGUCAAGAUUAAGAAGAAUUUCAUUAAGAAUGGAGUUAUCAAAUUGUUUGAUUAUGAUGAGCAUGGUGCCAGGGGUGGAAGUGAUGAUAAUAUUAGUGAGGAGUGUUUGAUCUUGUGUUGUGUGAUGUUGGUAUUAAGAGAACAAGAGUAUAGGAAAUAUAAAGGAGAUAAGAAACCUCAAAUGGUGUAG